AUGUCCCGGUUACACAAAGAGGUAGAAAGCAGGAGGAUGCUCGUUUGUUAUGAUAAUAAUAUUACAGCUUCAGAAAGUGGUCGGAUGAAAGUGAAAGAAGUGGGACGACCCGAGAGGUUAGUCCUGGCUCCAGCUGGUUUUCGGCAUCCGUUUGACCUGCCGAUCUUCGACGAGAAGAGCAGCUUCGGCUAUUUUCUGUUACAGUAUUUUAGGAAAUGGAAAGACCACUUAUGA